AUGAGUUUCCUCUCUGAUGAAUUGUUUGUCAUGACUCUAGCGCUUUUUCACCGCCAGCAGAAGAUUGUUUCGUUUACCGGCGCACUCUAUCCUCAUCCUGUUGGUGAGAAUCGUCAUCACCAGCUCCAUAUUUUUGCAGCAAAGCCAAUUCUGCCGAUUUGUACUCUUGAUCCUUAUGCCUUCGUCUUCGUCGAUUCUGUGGAUCCCAUCUCGCUCAUUGACAACCUGGGUUGGCUCCCAAUGGGUGAUUCACCUCCUCGCAGCUACUGUCCAGCGGCCGUUUGUGCCUUCUAUUCCAAACUCCGGAAUGAUGGGCUCGCAACGGGCAAAUUCACCACUCUGGUAUAUGGUCAUCUGCUUACUUUUUCUGUUGAUGAUCUUGCUGCGUUCCUUAUUCUACACACUCAAGGCAAGCAGCUCAUUAGCCCUCUGGAGUUCUGGUCCUACAAGUUUGACUUGCACCAGGAAGCCACAAAUCGCUCCUUUGAUUCGUUGGAUGACUGA